UAAUUGUACAGUACUAUGUUACACACUGACCACCUUAAUCAAUUAAGGAUCUCAAAUCUCGGGAUUCCAUCCUUUCCCACUUCCAUUGUUUCAUAGACCCCCCACAAUAAAUACAUCAAGAUUUCCCCAUUAUCAUCCCACUCCACUCCAAACCUUCCAAUUCCACGAAUUCUUGAAUAUUGUAAAUGUGUUCAUAGAUGAUGGGUUAUCUUUCAUGUAAAGCUGAAUCAUCCGUUUCAGUCUCGGAUUCCAAGAAGACCCAUCAAGUCCAGGAAUUCACUUACAGUGAUCUUGAAGCCGCCACUAAUGGCUUCUCCGACCAGAAGCUUCUGGGGAGGGGCAGCCAUGGGUUAGUCUACAAAGGGGUCCUCCGUAACGGCCGUUUAGUCGCCGUUAAGAAAUCCUCCAGAGGCUCUACUAAUACUCCCAGGCUCUCCUCUUCCUCGUUGCCGUUUGAUAACGGUAACGAAGUGGAAAACGAAAUCGAUAUUUUGUCGAAAUUGCAGAGCCCCCGGCUGGUGAAUCUCGUCGGAUUUACCUCCGACGACGACCACCGCCGCCUUCUGGUGGUGGAGUUCAUGGCGAAUGGGACUCUCUACGACGCCCUCCACGCGGAUUCUCGCCCGCCCGGGUGGGGGAGAAGGGUGAAAAUGGCGCUCCAGACGGCAAAAGCAAUCGAAACCCUCCAUUCCGCCUCGCCGCCGGUGAUUCACCGGGAUAUAAAGUCAGCGAACGUGUUAAUAGACCGGAAUUUCAACGCCCGGUUGGGCGAUUUCGGGUUGGCAUUGAGGUGCCAAUAUAAUGAUUUUAGGUUUAGGUCUACCCCUCCAGCUGGCACAAUGGGGUAUCUUGAUCCAGCCUAUAUAACCCCAGAUAACCUAAGCAUCAAAACUGAUGUUUUCAGUUUUGGGAUUUUGUUACUUGAGAUUAUCAGUGGCAGAAAAGCCAUUGAUGUGGCUUAUUCACCCCCUUCCAUAGUAGAUUGGGCUAUUCCUUUGAUUAGGAGAGGGAAACUCAUGGCGAUAUUCGACCCGAGAAUCGAUCCUCCCAAAGAUCCUAUUGUGAGGAAGCAAUUGGCUGUUGUGGCAGCCAAAUGUGUGAGAUCUUGCAGAGAAAGGAGGCCAAGUAUGAAGGAGAUUGUGGAAUGUUUGGGUGAGUUAAGUAAAGUGGUUCCCCUUCAUUCUUGGAAUGGUUUUGCCAAUCCUUGUUUGAUGGUUGAGACUGUGGGGAGACCAGUGGGGCUGAGAAAGGUGGGUGAAGCCCAAGCCCAGAGCUUUGAUGCUAAAUUCUCAAAGCCAUUGAGGAAUUCGCGGCGGGUUUACUCUGAUUUGGGAUCCAGGAAUAAUCUGAUGGAGUUAAUGGCUGGUUCUGAUUUUCCAGCACGAGACGAUUUCGUGCCCAAAUCCUCACAUAAGGGCUCUGGUUUGAGAUGUAAAAGUGGGAAUUUGGUUGUCAAGGGAAACCAUUCACCAUUGGUUUAGAUGAUUGCAGCUAAUGAAACUCUAUUCUUGUCUGCAGAAUGUUAAUCUAUUUAAUUUGUUGAGCUACAAGCAUAAAUGGUGCUAAAGCACAGUGUUAAUUUCUGUACCUUUUGGUUGGUUUUGGUGUUCAAGGUUUAAGAAUAAAGAUGUUUUCUUGUGAUGCA